GUAGUUAAGGAGCUCAUAACAUUUCUCUUCUCAGUGGACGAAAUUGGAGUUUUGAGACUUCACAAUCACACCUUUGCAAAAAUUCCCAUCUUCCACCAAAUCCCCAAAUUGGGAAAUCAAUCCAUGGAACUUGCCCUUUUCUCUCAUCAUCAUACUCAACUCUUCUACAAAUCCACCAAUCUAUUUUCCCCUUCACGUACAAUACCCAGUAGCAGAAACUUAUCGGUAUUACAUUGUAGUUGUUCUUCAUCAUCAAAUGGAAAUGAUUCUGAUAAAGCUGUAACUUUAUCUUUGGCUAAUGAAGGUAGAAGGGCAUUGAUGACUUGUUUUGUUAUGGCAGCUGCUGGGCUGUGUAUCCCUGAUCUAGCUGGUGCUGUCAGCACAAGCAGAAGAGCUCUUAGAGGAGCAAAGAUACCUGAGACUGAAUUUAAAACACUUCCCAAUGGUCUAAAGUAUUAUGACUUGAAGGUUGGAGGCGGGCCACAAGCUGUAAAGGGAUCUCGUGUAGCAGUGCAUUAUGUUGCAAAAUGGAAGAAUAUCACUUUUAUGACUAGUAGGCAAGGGUUGGGAGUCGGUGGUGGAACGCCAUAUGGCUUUGAUGUUGGCCAGUCGGAACGAGGGACAGUUUUAAAAGGGCUAGAUCUUGGUGUUGAAGGCAUGAGAGUAGGUGGCCAGCGAUUACUGAUAGUCCCGCCUGAAUUAGCAUAUGGAAGUAAGGGCGUUCAAGAAAUCCCGCCGAAUGCAACAAUCGAGUUGGAUGUGGAGCUAUUGUCCAUCAAGCAAAGUCCUUUCGGGACUCCAGUAAAGAUUGUAGAAGGAUGAAAAGCUUCAAUUUUAUGUGCAGAUUCUUAGCUGCUGAGUUGGGAGAACUGGAAAUGUGCGCAAUAUUCUUUCUUGUGAUUGUAAUUCUCGUCAAUAUAUUCCGUUUCCUGUAAACUUAUAGUAUUUCGAUGACUGAAAAUACAACCUAAAAUUGUACGUUCCAUAACUCUGUAUCUCACUUAGAUACAUAUUCUCAAUAAGCACAAAUUUCAUAUCAAAAAUAAUCAACAGUUGAAAUGCUUCAAGUUCAAA